AUGAGUGGUAAGGUCAUAGAGCUUGUAGGCUUUUUGACCGACCGAGUAACCAAGGAAAACACAACGUUUGGCUCUAGGAGCGAACUUAUGAGGGACAUGCACAUUAGUAGCAUAGGCAAGACACCCGACAACCUUAAGAUGGGAAUAGGAAGGGGUCUUGCCAUAAAGGCGUUCAAAAGGAGUUUGUUGGGAAAGAAGUGGUGUGGGCAAACGAUUAAUCAAAUGUACAGCGGUGAGAACACAUUCUGCCCAAAAACGCAAAGGGAAAUGGGCUUGAAAGCGAAGGGCAUGGGCUGA